AUGGUGGUUCCGGGAAACGGAUCGACUAUCUCGCCGCGAAAGUUCACGGCGAGUUCGAGAAGUCCGUUAGAUAUUAAAUUUCCAUUGCCUGGAAGCUCGAAGAGGUAUGAUAACGGUGGAGUUGGGUUAGGUAUCGUCGCUGCGCUUGAGAAAUCCGGAAUCGGGAUCAGUCGGCACGAGAUUUCGUCGAAACAAAAUCCGGUUUGCUACUAUGGAUCCGGUUUGAAUAGAUCUGACCCGGCUCGAAUCCAAUUCCCGGCGGAGAUUGAUCUCUCUGAAGAAUACACUUGCGUCACGAGUCGCGAUGGCGUGACCAAGGUUUAUUACAACGAUAACGAAUUUGAGUUUUGUAAGAAUCCAUCGGACGGUGAUCAGAGAUGUAAUAAAUCGAUGGAUGUCUCCGAGGAACCACCGGAGAAUAAGAAGGAGGUGUUCAGGGAUUCUCCGGAUUUUCUGAGUUCGUGUUGCUUGUGUGACAAGAAACUUCAAGGCAAAGACAUUUACAUGUACAAUGGAGAUAAAGGAUUUUGUAGUAGAGAGUGUAGAUCGGUGCAAAUAUUGGAGGAUAGUCUAAACAUGCAAUAUAAAUCGAGAAGUGUUGAGGUUUUGAGCUCUCCCAACGCCGGUGGACAAAUUUCUUCCGCGGGAAUAUUCGUGAUAUAA